AUGCAAGUAAAAUCCAAAAUUGUUGAAAUUGAUGAUAAAUUUCUGAGAUAUCAAAAUGAAAGUGAAACGAUUCCUGGUAUAAGGAAAGGUCCGGAUUCAAAUAAUUACGAUUCUGAUGACGAUUCUAAAUAUUUAGUGGGAAUUAUACAUUUAACUGUUAAUGGUACAAACUAUUAUCAGAGUCUUAAUGAAGAUGAAAAGGAAUCUUUUAUUAAACAAAUAGGCAAAGAGAUUUCACAUAGUAUUCCUGUUAAUGAAUUAAGAUUAAACAUUUUAAGUAAAUUUCUUGAAUAUGAUAAAAUUGAUAGAGUGAAUUUACUUUUUAUUAAAUUUAAGAUAGAUCCUUCGGAUAACAAUAAUAUUGACAAAAAAAGUGCAAAACAUGUUUUUGAUGAUUUUACUAAAUUAUUUGAUUUCAAUAAUAAUAUUCAAACAUAUUUGGAUACUAAUGAUUAUACAAAACAUAUUGAUAGAAAAUUUAAACCUCGUGAAGCAUCUAGCUUAUGGGACGAUAUUAGAAUAAAUUUACAAGAGCUUAUUAAAGAUAGAAUAUUUUUAGCAUUUUUAAUAUUUUUUAUAUUUCUGUUGAUUGCUACAUAUAUUUUCGGUCGAUUCAAGAAUAAGGAGGGAUCUAAUUUUAUCUUUUUUAAGAUAACUCUUAUUUUUGUUGAUAUUGUAAAUGAUAUUUCAUUUGUCACAAAGAAUAGAUACAAUUUACGAAGUUUUUUAAUUCCAAGUAUUAUAUUUGUUGUCGUUCCAUUACUUCUAAAUACAUUCUUAGCUUUUAAAGUAUUUAUAUUCAAAUUAACGAAGAAUUCAAAAUUUAAAGAUUGGUUUGAAGAACAUGCAAUCUUUAUUAGAAUAAUUACAUUAUUUGCUUCAGGAAAUGUUGAAUUACUUCAUUUACUUGAUUCAAAAUUUGCAGGAAUUUCAUUAUUUGAUGCUCCAUUUUCUCCAAAAGCAUUAUAUUGGAUAUUUUGGGGUGGAAUUGCAAAUAUUUUUAUUGAAGAUAUACCUCAGUUAUUAAUUCAGAUACUAUAUGCCAUGGCAAUUGAAACAGAUUAUGAUAAUUUGGCCUUUUUCACUUUAAUUACAAGCUCUUUAAUAUUAAUCACAAAUGUUAUUGGUUCUAUUUAUGAAAUUCUUGCAAAAAAAUAUGAAAAGUUGCAAAAAGAUUACACUAAAUACAUGAAAGAAUUAGAAGAAAAAGAAAAAAAUUAG